AUGGCCAACGCACUCCAAGUCAUCUACAAGUGGGCUGUCCCGCUCGCCGUCGGCGCGUCCUUCGCCCAGGCUGCCAUGUACGAUGUGAAGGGUGGCACCCGCGCCGUUAUCUUCGACCGUCUGUCCGGAGUGCGCGAGAACGUCGUUAAUGAGGGCACCCACUUCUUGGUUCCUUGGUUGCAGCGCGCCAUUAUCUACGAUGUGCGCACCAAGCCGCGCAACAUCUCCACCACCACCGGCAGCAAGGAUCUCCAGAUGGUCAGCCUGACCCUUAGGGUCCUGCACCGCCCGGAGGUCAAGAUGCUCCCUCGCAUCUACCAGAACCUCGGCACCGACUACGACGAACGUGUGCUGCCGUCCAUUGGCAACGAAGUGCUCAAGGCUAUCGUUGCCCAGUUUGAUGCCGCAGAGCUGAUCACCCAGCGUGAAGCCGUGUCGAACCGCAUCCGCACCGAGCUGCUCAAGCGCGCGCAGGAGUUCAACAUCGCCCUCGAGGACGUCUCUAUCACCCACAUGACCUUCGGCAAGGAGUUCACAAAGGCCGUUGAGGAGAAGCAAAUUGCACAGCAAGAAGCCGAGCGCGCCCGCUUCAUCGUCGAGAAGGCCGAGCAGGAGCGCCAGGCCAGCGUUAUCCGCGCCGAGGGUGAAGCCGAAGCUGCCGACACCAUCAGCAAGGCGGUUGCCAAGUCUGGUGACGGCCUCAUCCAGAUCAGAAGAAUUGAGACGCAGAAGGAGAUUGCACAGAUGCUGGCCGGAAACCCGCAGGUCACGUACCUGCCUGGUGGUGGCAAGAACGCCGGCGAGGGCCAGGGCGGCAGCUUUCUGCUUGGCCUGAGGUCGUGA